GACUCCUCCUCGUUCUCCGGUGUCAAAGUUGACAUCAGCCCUGGAGCCGAGUUGAACAGGAGCCUCGUGCGUGAACGGGAGAGCGAGCUCACAUCUUUCAGUGGCGAAUGCUGCACGGAGUUAUGUACCUCGCGCUGCCUUGCCCUCUGAACUGCCUGCCGUCAUGGAUUGCAACCCGCGCGCGAAACCAAUACUACUUUUUAUUUUACUGUUCAUCUUGUCGUUUAUCCGCUCAGCACUUCUGAUCAUCCACCCGUCCAAUGAAGUGAACCUGUUGGACUCCAAAGCCAGCCAGGGGGAGCUGGGAUGGAUCUCCUACCCAUCACAUGGGUGGGAGGAGAUCAGCGGAGUAGACGAGCACUACACUCCCAUCAGGACCUUCCAGGUGUGUAACGUGAUGGAGUACAGUCAGAACAACUGGUUGAGGACCAACUGGAUCCCCCGCCAGUCGGCCCAGAAGAUCUACGUGGAGCUAAAGUUCACCCUGAGAGACUGUAACUCCAUCCCCCUGGUCCUGGGGACCUGCAAGGAGACCUUCAACCUGCUGUACAUGGAGACAGACGAGGACCAGGGCAGUCACUUCAGAGAACACCAGUUCUCUAAGAUCGACACCAUCGCUGCAGACGAGAGCUUCACCCAGAUGGACCUGGGGGACCGCAUUCUGAAGCUCAACACGGAGGUCCGGGAGGUGGGGCCUGUUACGAAGAAGGGCUUCUACCUGGCGUUCCAGGAUGUGGGGGCUUGUGUGGCCCUGGUGUCAGUCAGGGUCUACUUUAAGAAAUGCCCAUUCAUUGUGAGGAACUUGGCCUCCUUCCCUGAUACCGUGCCAAUGGACUCUCAGUCAUUGGUGGAGGUGAAGGGCUCGUGUGUCAAUCACUCCAAGGAGGAGGAGCCACCGCGUAUGUACUGUAGUACAGAGGGGGAGUGGCUAGUGCCCAUAGGGAAGUGUCUGUGUAACGUUGGCUAUGAGGACAGAGGGAGCUCCUGCCAAGCAUGCAGAGCAGGGUUCUAUAAGUCUCUGCUGGGUAACGUCCAGUGUUCUAAGUGUCCACCUCACAGCUUCACCCAUCAUGAGGGAGCGCUACACUGUGGCUGUGAGAAAAACUACUUCCGUGCUGAUGGAGACCUGCCAUCUAUGGCCUGCACACGUCCUCCCUCCGCUCCUCGUAAUGUGAUCUCAGUCAUCAAUGAGACCUCAGUGAUUCUGGACUGGUCCUGGCCGGAGGACACGGGAGGUCGUAAGGAUGUCACCUUCACUGUGCUGUGUAAGCGCUGCAGGCAGGGCCAGAGGGUGUGUGAGGCGUGUCGCAGUAAUGUGCGGUUCCUCCCCCGUGCUGCAGGCCUGCAGAACACUACCGUAACCGUGGGAGACCUGCUGGCUCACACCAACUACACCUUCGAGAUCGAAGCUCAAAAUGGAGUGUCCCAGUUAGCCCCAACAAUGAGACAAUAUGCUGCUGUGACCAUCACUACCAACCAAGCAGCCCCUUCUCCAGUGACUGUGAUCAGGAAGGACCGUACGUCUCGUAACAGCAUCUCUCUGUCCUGGCUGGAACCAGAGAGACCCAACGGCAUCAUACUGGACUACGAGGUCAAAUACUACCAGAAGCAGGAGCAGGAGACCAGCUACACCAUCCUGCGCUCUAAGGGUUGUAACGUGACGUUGGGCGGUCUAAAGGCAGACACCUCCUACCUGCUCCAGAUCAGGGCCAGGACUGCAGCAGGCUACGGAGCCAGCAGCAGGAGCUUUGAGUUUGAGACAAGCCCUGACUCGUUCUCUAUCUCCAGUGAGAGUAGUCAGGUGGUGUUGAUAGCCAUCUCUUCCUCUGUAGCCAUUAUUUUGCUCUCCAUCCUCCUCUACGUGGUGAUUGGCAGGUUCUGUGGCUACAGCAAGUCUAAACAGCCUGAUGAAAAGAGACUGCACUUUGGCAACGGUCACCUGCGUCUGCCAGGAAUAAGGACCUACGUAGACCCUCACACCUAUGAAGACCCCAGUCAGGCCGUCCAUGAGUUUGCCAAGGAGCUGGAUGCUUCCUGUAUCGCCAUCGACAAGGUGGUGGGAGCAGGUGAGUUUGGGGAGGUGUGCAGUGGUCGUCUGCGUCUGCCCAGUAAGAAGGAGAUCUGUGUGGCAAUCAAGACGCUGAAGGCAGGAUACACCGACAAACAGAGGCGGGACUUCCUGUCCGAGGCGUCUAUCAUGGGACAGUUUGACCAUCCAAACAUCAUCAGGCUGGAGGGAGUGGUCACCAGGAGUAAACCUGUGAUGAUAGUGACUGAAUACAUGGAAAAUGGAUCCUUGGACAGCUUUCUGAAAAAACAUGAUGCCCAGUUUACUGGUAUCCAGUUGGUGGGUAUGCUGCGUGGCAUCGCGUCGGGCAUGAGGUACCUGUCUGACAUGGGUUACGUCCACAGGGACCUGGCCGCUCGUAAUAUCCUGGUGAACAGCAACCUGGUGUGUAAGGUGUCUGACUUCGGCCUGUCCAGAGUCCUGGAGGAUGACCCCGAGGCAGCUUACACCACAAGGGGAGGUAAGAUCCCUAUCAGGUGGACAGCUCCAGAGGCCAUCUCCUACAGGAAGUUCACCUCGGCCAGCGAUGCCUGGAGCUACGGUAUCGUGCUCUGGGAAGUGAUGUCAUACGGGGAGCGGCCUUACUGGGAGAUGUCCAAUCAGGACGUGAUCAAAGCGGUGGAUGAGGGCUACAGACUGCCUCCUCCUAUGGAUUGUCCUGCUGCUCUGUACCAGCUGAUGUUGGACUGCUGGCAGAAGGAGAGGAACAACAGACCCAAGUUUGAACAGAUCGUCAGCAUCCUGGAUAAACUCAUACGCAACCCUGGGAGCCUGAAGAUCACAGCCAACACCUCAUCCAGGCCAGCCAACCUGCUUCUGGACAGGAGUAGUUCUGAGGUGGUUCCAUCGUUGGACACCAUGGGGGAUUGGCUGGACAGCGUGAGGACUCUGCCCUGUAAGGAGGCCUUCUCUGGGGUCAGCUACAGCUCCUGUGACACCCUGCCCAAGACCUCCGCAGAGGACCUAAAGAAGGUUGGUGUGACUAUCGUCGGCCCCCAGAAGAACAUUGUGAGCAGCAUCAAAGCACUAGAGAGCCACAGUAAGAAUGGCCCUGUCCCAGUCUAACCCAACCAAGCCACUAGAGAUCCACAGAUUGGCUGACUGGCUGCCCUCUGGCCCCUGUUCCAAUCUGAAUGAAGCCCGUCUGGCCCCCGUUCCAAUCUGAAUGAAGCCAUUCUGGGUCCCAAUCCAUUCUGAAUGAAGCCCUUCUGGGCCCCGUUCCAUUCUGAAUGAAGCCCAUCUGGGCCCCGUUCCAUUCUAAAUGAAGACCCUCUGGACCCCGUUCCAUUCGGAAUUAAGCCCUUCUGUGCCCCGUUUCAUUCUGAAUUAAAGCGUCUCCUUUUCAGUUCCUCCCUCCACGUCUGUGGAUGUUUCAUUCAAUUAGGUUCAUUCCACGAGGGAGCCCUCCCCUGUCGAGGUGUAGUGAUAGGGAAUGAAGGAGGGGAGAGGACGGGCUCAUAGCACUUAGAACAGCCCUCUGAUCUCUGUAACAUGCAGGAGGAAGUCCCAAACUAAAGGAGGAAGUAGACAUUAGAAAAGUGGUGCAGCGGAGGACAACAGCUCUGAGGUUUGAUGAUGUCACCAUGAUAUCAUGCCCUUACCCUGAAUCCAGGGCAAGCAGUCAGACCGACAGACAGACCAACCCUUCGACACUCCGCACCAUUGCUGAGAUGCCUUACUGAGAACACAGGAAAGAGGGAGAUAACCUGGCCUUGGACCUUAAGGGCACGAGGAUAAAGGGCUGGAGCUGGGAUUGGAGAACCUGGGACAGCAGGGCCCUGUGUGUGACUUAUCGUGGAAAGGGGCUUGUUGAGAACUGAACCAGUCGUGAUCUGAUCCUGUGGAUUUGACUGACAGUUUUUAAGCUCUGGAGAGGAGAACUUUAAAUGCCUUGAGUAGAACAACGCAGACAGCAGCAGCAAUCCACAUCAACCUGGAGCAGACGAAGCACACCUGGAGACUCCCACCACUGAAGACCCCACUCUCUCUCACAGAGAAGGACUGAUACUACUCUGUGUGUGUGUGUGUGUGUGUGUGUGUGUGUGUGUGUGUGUGUG